GUCAACCCAAAGGAAUCCUGACUGCACAGACUAAUUGAGCCAGGGAGAAAACAUUCCAUGCACGUUUCAAGAACAGCCAUAACAGACUCUGCCUGCCUCGGAGCCUGCCACGCUCUUCAUCGUCUCUCCACAAAUUAUUUUCUGUGAUGGCAGGGAACGAGAAUUUUCGACUCCUACUCUGCUGCGUGAUCCUCGCUGCAAGUUCUGCUGUGAGGAUCAAGGGAGAUGGGCAGAAGGUCAUCUACCUUCCCAAAGGGGAGUCGGCCAAGCUGGGGUGUCCCUUUGCUUCAGACCCAGAAGACAACACUCCGGACAACGACUGGGACAUUGAAUGGAAGCAAGUGAAGCCAGGCCCGAAUCCUCAGGACCAUCCGCUCCUGGGUUACCACGGUAACCGUGUCGUCUACCCUGGGCCUCCUGACCUCCAGCAGAGAGUGGGGUUCACAUCUGAAGACCCCACCCUGUACGAUGCCUCCAUGCAACUACGUGACGUGCAGAUCACCGACUCGGCCACGUACGAAUGCAAGGUGAAGAAGACCACGGAAGCCAGUCACAAAGUGACCAUCACUGUACAAGACAGGCCAGUGGUUCCGCAGUGCUGGAUCAUCGGCGACAUUGCGUACGGGAACGACGUCACACUCCGCUGCUUUGCUUCUGGGGGCACUCCGCCCCUCACCUACCGUUGGUCCAUGCUGCACGGGAAUAAGUUCAGAGAUUGGCUGCCCCCUGGAGGAUCGAUGGGUUCUGUCCCUGGAGACCUUCACAUCAGAGACUUGUGUGAUGACCACGUGGGUACCUACCAGUGCAGCGUUAACAAUAAUGUGGGCAUUGCCUAUUGCUCCGUGGACAUCUAUUUUAAUGGAGGUGCCAACCGUGGAUGGAUCAUUGGGGGAUCUGUUCUCUUGUCUCUCCUGGCCCUGGCCUUGAUCAUUGGGGGGGUGCUGUGGUGCUGCUGGUGCUGCGGUUGGAGAAGCCGGUGCUGCAUGAAUGCAAAGGAAUGUUGCUUGGACUGCUGUUGCUACUGUCAUGACAAUGAGACAAAGCAGGAAUGCGUGGAGACAAAACCCAGUGAGAUCUGUGUGGAUGCCGAUGCUCCUCCCAGCAGGCCAUGCAGCCAGGCAUUCAGCCGCGCAAGCAGCCUCCAUUCCCUGAUUGGCUACCAAACGCGGAACCCCAACUACUCGCAGUGCCGCAAGUACACGCCCCCCAUCGUCCAGAUGAAGAUGACAUCCCCUCCUGACAGUGACAUGAGUGUCGUCCUGGCUCCUGAUCUCCCGUCACCCCCCAAUUCGGAGCAAGGAGACGUCCAUAACCACUACUACUCAGCUAAAGGAAAGGAUGCUUAUCCUGCUGUUGACUGCUCUCCUGGGUACAUCAAGGGUGAGAACCAAAGCGGCUACAGUCCCCGGCGUCAAAUCUACUCUGACCCACACAAUUUUGCCACCCCCACCUCGGACCCCGGUUACGUCCGCUGGAAGGAUGAAAACAGCAGACCUUACAAGGGUGGAGUAGUCAUGAUGCGAACAACAAGCAAGGAAGGGCUUUUAAUAUGAGGCAGAUGCUGGGCAGGGGGGGGCGUGAGGCAGGAGGAAUGGGAGACGAUGUAAUAUCCUAGGGAUAAAUAUUUCCAACUUUCCGUUACGGAACCCGAGAUCUCAACUCAUCUGCCAGCCUUCCUCUCUUUAUGUGCGAUGAUGUGUUCUGGCAACUGCUGGGAUCUGUGUCCAGCUGCUCCAUGUGGUGAAUCACUGAACUGCAGCCUUCUUGAUGAAGAGCCUUCUGGCGCUUCUCUGACUCCACCCAUCUAGGCUAGCUGUCCUGUGCAGGAAGGAGUAUAAAGGGACUUCCUGUUCCAGCUGAGCCUUACUUGAGCAAUAAAGUCUUACUAAGCUUUGGUUCCUGUAUCUUUGGUUAUUCUUUGGUCCUGAUUUCUGGCAUGCUCCUUGACAUCGUCUCCUGGAUUGUCCUUUGACACUGACUUCUGGCAUGCUCCUUGACCCUGUCUCCUCGUUUCUCCUUCGACCAUGACUUCUGGCUUGCUCCUUGCUCCUGUCUCCUGGUUUCUUCUUUGACCACGACUUCUGGCUUGCUCCUUGACCCUGCCUUUUGGUUUGCCCUUUGGUCUGGAUUACGGACCUGACUUGUCCUAUGGCUUCUGGUUCCUGGCUCACCACGGACAGCUGCCCAUGACCCAGCCCUGACAUGUGGGUGUCCACUAUGGCUGAAUAGGAACAGAAGGGCAGGGUCGGAGUGGAUCUCUGCUUACCUUGGGCAGCCAUGAGAUGAUCUUUCUCACUAUUCGAGUGAGGGACCCUUCACAUGUCACCCCAACCAUGUCUGAUCUGUUUUCCCAUUCGGACUAAUAUGUGAAUGGACCCGAUCACAUGAGCAAGGUUUCACACAGAUCCUUCUGGUAGAAUUCCAGAUCCUGUGAUCAGGAUGUGCACAAUAGGUGGGGCGGCUAGGGCACUUUUUUUAAAAAAAAGCCUUCAAAUUAUGCUUCUGGCUCAGCUCCAUCAUUGGCAUUAUUGGAAUUAUCAUAAUAUGUUGGCCUAUCUUGCAUCGAUAGAUGUGCAUUCUGAAAUUCAACCCUCAAAGCCCCACAAAAGGCUUGCAGACACUCAAAGCACCUGCUGUCACCACCUCCCCCUUCUUUAGCCUCAACCCCAAACCAAACAUCUUAACUUGGGAACAGGGAAAGCCGUGGUGGAGACAGCUGGGGGGGGGGCUCUCCCAGAGCUCCACCAGAGUGUUUUCCCCCGGAGAGCUUUUUCCCUGGUGGAAACAAUGCAAAUAGUGUCAUUUUCCUGCUGGGACUAAUCCCCUGUCCCAUUCCUGGUGUGGAAACACUCUGUUGAACCUCUGGAGCAACAGAGGUGAGGAACUUGCAUAAGACAAUCAGAAUGGCCUGGUUGCUGGAUCAGGCUAAUGACCCAUCUAGUCCAGCCUCCUGUUCUCACAGUGGCCAAUCAGAUUCCUUUAGGAAGCCCAUAGCCAGGGCAUGAAUGAAUAAGCCGUCCAUCGCUCAUAAGAACAUAAUAGCCCGACUGCUGGAUUAGGCCAAUGGCCCAUCUAGUCCAGCCUCCUGUUCUCAUAGCAGACAACCAGAUGCCCAUUAUGGAACAAGUAGGACCUGAGUGCAACAGCAACUCUCUCCUCCUGCAGUUUCUAGCAAGUGGUAUUCAGAAGCAUGCCACAAUUAGGAAGCAAUUGAAGCACCAUCAGGGGUCCUAAUUUAGCCUACGAGGCCAUUUCCUCCCCAAACCUCCCCCACUCCUGAUGUCAUAUAUGAUGUCAGGUGUGGGGCAGGUAACGGCAUGGCUGCCAUCACAACAAAAUCCAUUUGGACGCAAACUGCUUGCAAAGAGACUUCAGAGUGAUGUCUCUCGGCACUGAAAGCAUUGCCUUUUGAAGCCUGUGUCCCAGCGGUUUGAAACUGCUUGCGAACGGGCUUGAAAAGAGAACCCCUUUUCCAGUCGUCAUAAUGAUGCCAGGUGAUUGACAGGUGGGUGGCCCCGUCCACCUAUGUCAAAGUUGGCCUGCAGGGGUGGAAGAAGGAAGAAGUUGGCCCACGGCCUAGAUCCAGCUCUUCAUCCCAGCUCUGUGCCAUCUGCUGUGGACCCUCCUUUCCCCUACCCCAAAAGUCACUGGGCCUUUGGGGCAAGGGGAGGGGGAAGUUGGUGUGUGAAACAUGCACACAAAUUCGAAGCAAGCACCACCCUCCUUGCCUUGAUUCUGAUAAUGAGCGUUCAAACAAGGGCGCUCGCUUUUCGAGCGAGCCUCCAAUUCAAACGCUCAGAAACCUUCUUAGUUAAGUAUUACAGCGAGACACUGCAUGUGAAAUGCUUUGAUCCCUCGAAAGCACCAUGCAAAUGCUGAGUAUUAUUAGGAUUAGGAUAUUUUAGCAGUUUUUUUCUUUUUAAAAAUGAAUGAAUGUUUCUCAGAAAACAACAGCAGAGAUGAAACGAUAACAGUAUUUGUUAAACAACAGAAUACUGUCUACAAAUGGGUGAA